AUGGGGUUCUUGCAAAGUCUAUGUGAUAAUUCUCUCUUCACAUAUCAUCACGGGGGUGACAUUGCAUAUUUACUAAUUUAUGUUGAUGAUAUUAUUCUCACCACCUCUUCGGAUUCCCUCAGAUUGAAACUAAUGGGCAGCCUCGCGACUGAAUUUGCAAUGAAAGAUCUUGGACCUCUUAGUUACUUCUUGGGUAUUACGGUUUCUCGCAUAGGUCACAAAAUGUUUCUCUCGCAGCAAUCUUAUGCUUUGGACAUUGUCAACCGUGCGAGCAUGUCUACUUGUAACCUGGUCGCAACUCCUGUUGAUACAAAACCGAAGCUUGGUGCUUCCUCCGGUGUUCCGUUUGACAACCCCACUUUAUACCGAAGCCUUGCGGGUGCACUUCACUAUCUCACCUUUACUAGGCCCGACAUCAGUUAUGCCGUUCAACAAAUUUAUUUAGAAUGA